CACAUAGAAGCCCCUGGAUAGGCGGGGUUGACCAAUCCCGGAAACGUCAACAAUCCACUUUCGAGCCCUCAUUUCAUGGGGUGAACUCUUGGUUCUUUCUUCUGCAUCGCGACACGUCCUACGGCGACAAUUUCGAUAUGCCCGAGAGUGUGCGGACCUUCGAGGCGCGAGCUGGAAGGGUGUAGAAAAUAGGGGUCACUGACUUGUUGUUGACUCGAUGCAAUUAGCGUUGUUGAUACAUUGCAAUUAGUGAAUUCGGUGGACCUUUACUGAUUCUGCGUUGGAGUUACCCUGUAGCACUAGUGCAGCAUGAUGUCUCGCUGGACGGCUCUUCUGUGCAAUCCUUGUUGGAGUCGCAAACCUUGAUAGCUGAGGUCGAGCAGUCAGCGAUUGAUCAGGAUGAGGAAGACAUAUUUCAAUGUGGCAAGUGCAAAAGCCAGUUUACAUCGCUCCAGAUGUUUGUACUUCACAAGAGGACACAUCAAAAGACGCAGCAACAAACGGUGGACUUGACUCAGUUUUUAACAAAUGACGAGAGUCAGGUGAUGCACAUAGAAGAUGCAGUUCAAGAUGAGUCGCAGUACAAUUCGCAGGAGACUUUUCAGCUUGGAGAACCUAUUAUUCUCGAAGAAGCAGAUAUGCUAUUUAGUGUGGAUCAGGAGGCUGCUAAUUAUUUCAUGACCGACUCCACAUUUAGCGUGCCGAUCAUCUUAAGUACAGAGAGUCUUUCGGAUACUUUCGGUAACGCUGCCAUCGAGGCGACGAGGGAAGACUCGAGCGAGGUGCCGACGAUCCUACAAAACGACAUCAGUUCGCAAGAAGACGCCUCGAGCCAGUCUGAACAUCCUAACGCUUCGUUAACGGACAACGAGUUUUCCCUGGCGGACAAUGAGCCGCCUCUAGAGGACAACGAAUCCUCUCUCGAGAACAACGAGAUAUCCCUCCAGGACAAUUCAGUCGAUGAAUCAAAAAAUGGCAUCAGUCGAAUGCAGAACUUGAAGUAUAAAUGCGGUUAUUGCAACAAACAGUUCGCGAAAAAAUUCUACUGGCAGCAGCAUGAACGUUCUCACACUGGAGAAAAACCUUAUCAGUGUGUAGUAUGCGGUCGUGCAUUCGCACAGAAGUCAAAUGUAAAGAAACACAUGUCCUCGCACAAAGUAUGGCCUGGUACCGCUAUUCAUUCGCUACCACCAGAGGCGCCUCCAGACGGAAGUAUCGAUCGCACGUAUCAUUGCCAGUUCUGCAAAGAGACGUUUGACUCGUACAAAGCUCUGAAAGGCCACCUAAUUGUCUCGCAUCUGGCACUGAAAGUAUAUAAGUGUGUGCAGAGUAGUUGCAGCAUGAUGUUCUCGGAUCUGGACGAAUUCCUGGAGCACACACGCAGCCACAAGUGUUCGGAGUAUCGAUGCCAUGUAUGUGGCGAGGUAUUCAGCACUCUUACAGAUCUUGGUCGCCAUCAGUACGACCACUCUAUCCAGAAGCAGAAGACCACAGAGAAGUAUUAUUGCUGCACGACUUGCAAGUCGUCGUUCUCAAAUCUGGAGGCGUUGCAGCAUCACAAAGAGACUACUACGCACAAUUACGCGUGCCUGCAUUGCGGCAAGAGCUUCCUCAUCGAAAGGUUUUUACGCCGUCACCUCAAGACCCAUUCGGCAUCAGCGAGAUUUGCUUGCGAGGAUUGCGGCAAAGCUUUCAAAACUGAGCAGUACCUGGCUAAUCAUAAGCUGAUACAUAGCGAGGAGACACCUUUCACAUGUCCGCAUUGUCCGGCCAGAUUCAAACGGAAAGAUCGACUGGGUCGGCAUAUGCUGAUCCAUGAUCUAACGAAGAGACUCAAGUGUCCGUUUCGCAACUACUUAGGCUGCAUGAGCGAGUUUUCGCGGCCUGACAAGCUCAAACGGCACCUGCUGACGCACAGUAAUGUCAAGCGUUUCAGUUGUAGUCACUGCAAUCGCAACUUCCACCGAGCGCAAGCUCUCAAGCAUCACGAGAUGAAUAAGCACAGUCUUAAGUGCGACAUCUGCUCCCACGCUUUUAAGACUAAGGAGCAGCUGGUUACCCAUAACUGUGAACAAUCAAAUGAGACCAAGAAGCAUUCGAGCUCGCAGCUACCGAAAAAGGCGUCCGGAUCAUUUAAGCCGAGGAAGCCCACCCCAAAGAGACAAACGUUAUCAAAGACUGCAAUCCCACUUGCCGACAAAGAGAAAUUUGAAAAGCUUAAGGCUGAUGAAAUAGAAAGAAAAGUCGCCUUCGAAACAUUCAAACCUGGCGAUUUUGACGAGGAAUCCAGCAAGAAAAUGGGAAAUGUUUCUCCCGUCUCGAAAGCGGUCGAGUUAACCGGCGAUGAAUUAAAUGAGCAAGUCGACUCGCCAGUUAUGGAUCUUGAGAACGAUUUCAAGCGCAACAUGGAAUUCUACUCGCCCCACACAAGCGAGUAGAAGUUUUGCAAUAUAUAUACAUAUACAGAGUGUUUUAUUUUAAUUGACGCACUAAAAUAUUUCUUGAACAGUGCAUUUUUUAAUAAAAUGUUUGAGAUAAAAGUUGUAUGGUUUAGAGGUGGACAUAAAGUGCUAUCAUUGAUUUGACGUUAGUCGUUUGAAAGUUAUAUGAAUUUAAGAAAUUGAAGGUUAUCCAAUCGUUUUAAGAUCACAUGGUCACUCUCAAUUUCUUAAAUUCAAACUAAUGACAUCACUUUAUACCCCCCCCCCCCUUCCAAACCAUAAAACUUUUGUCUGGAACAUUUUACCCUAAAAUGCACUAUUCAAGAAAUAUUUUAGUUCGUCAAUUAAAAUGAAACGCCCUGUAUAUACAUACACGCGUAUAUAUAUAUUAUAUAUAAUAUAUAUAUAUAUUUUUGAUUCGUAUAUUUAAAUUGUACAUCAAUUAGGAUGUAGACGAAUCGUCGUAGCACGUGCAAUGGGAUCAUCGGCGAAGACGCAAGUUGCAUUUUAUAUUCGCGUACGAUAUUUUGUAGUUUACAUAUCUGUGAUAAUUGUAAUAUAAAUGCUCUAUCGAUAUAAGUAACUUAUAUAUACAUUUGCGCGCACAUCGAGGAUGUUCGGUGUCGUCGAUUUCGAUUCUUCUAUGAAAAAACUUGUCGUAUAGGCACACAAUAGUAGUUAUAACUGAUACUCCGUGUACCCUCUCGAACACUUUCGUUCGUUCGAAUUUUUUUAAUUACAAAACGUACGCAGAGCUGUAUAACGAAACAUUUGACAGCGCGAUAUCUCUUUUUAAUUUAUUUGUUAUAAAAUAAUAUCUAGACCAAAAGUCAAAUGCGGAAGAUGUAAAAUUACUUUUAAGAAAAAAUAUCAAUUUUACGAAAUAGCU